UUUGGAAAACGUGCAAAAUCAACAGCGAGUAAAUUGGGUUUAAAUUCAAUUUAAGUGAAGUUAAGUGAAAUUUAGUUGUUGAAAAGUGUACUGCUUCUUGUUGCUGAGUGCAUUUACAGCAUACAAGUAAAAUAUUUUGGUUUAGCUUCUGAGCAGGCGUGCCAAAAUGCCAGUAAUGUGCACCACCAACUGUGGCCGCAGGGCUUUCCUAAAGCGACCGAAAACGGGGGACACACUGUGCAAGGAGUGCUUCUUUUUGGCGUUUGAAACUGAAAUUCACAACACCAUUGAGCAGGGAAAGCUGUUUGAGCGUGGAAGUUUGGUAGCGAUUGCGGCAAGCGGUGGGAAGGACAGUACGGUGCUGGCACAUGUGAUGAAAACGUUGAACGAAAGGUACGACUAUGGGUUGAAGCUCGUGCUGUUGUCGAUCGACGAGGGCAUUUCCGGCUAUCGGGACGAUAGUUUGGAAACGGUGAAGAAAAAUCGAGACGAUUAUGGAAUGGAGCUGAAGAUUCUCGACUACGAAGAACUGUACGGUUGGACGAUGGACAGCAUAGUGGCAAAGAUAGGCAAAUCUAACAAUUGCACAUUUUGUGGAGUGUUCCGACGGCAGGCGCUGGAUCGGGGAGCGCACAUGAUGAAGGUUGCAUGCGUUGCGACGGGACACAAUGCGGAUGAUAUCGCUGAAACCGUUCUGAUGAACAUCUUGCGCGGUGAUGUGGCGCGUUUACGGCGAUGUUGCGACAUCAAAACUGGUGGUAACAGUCCGGACUCGAUACCGAGGGUCAAGCCGUUGAAGUAUUCGUACGAAAAGGAGAUUGUGAUGUACGCCCACUUCAAGAAGCUGGUUUACUUUUCAACUGAAUGUAUUUACGCUCCAAACGCGUAUCGUGGCCACGCGCGUGCCUUCCUGAAGGAUCUGGAAAAGGUACGGCCUUCGGCCAUCAUGGACAUCAUCCACUCGGGGGAGCAGCUCUCGUUCAAAACGGCCGUAAAGCUGCCUACGAAGGACGUCUGCAAGCAGUGUGGGUUUGUAUCGUCGCAGCAGCCCUGCAAAGCGUGUGUGCUGCUGGAGGGAUUGAACCGAGGUCUUCCGAAGCUCGGAAUAGGUAAGAGGUCGAAGGCGAAUCGAAUGAUUGCCGCUCAAGUGGAGGGUCAAAGCUUGCGAAUGAAUGCUAAUUUGGUGAAGAAUGACUUUUAAUAAAUUGUUUUGGUUGAAAACAUACG